AUGAAUAGAAGAUUUGAUCAACAGGCAAUCGAAUCAAAAGAAAUGGCAGCCGCAAUGAAGUUACUGGCAUGUGAAAUUGCCAUACACGGGUAUGCCCCCGCCAAGUCAAUAAAAGCACCAACAUUCAACGGCUCCGCUUUGAAGGUAUUACCAUUUAUUCCUGCCAAGGACCGUGACAACUUCGAAAUUCUAACCGACGCAAACAAGGGAAACUACUCAACUAGCACAAGACUUAGAGAGACUGACCCUGCUAGCGCAGGUGCUCAGGAAUUCAGGAACAAAACGGCAACAAAAGCGUUUAUUCAAGCCCUACGAUACCCAGAUAUGAGAUAUGAUUUCACAUUAUCAAAAAUUAAAGAAAUCCUGGAACAGCAUAUCAAGAAGUAUUGUAAGAGGCCCAAGAGAAGUAACGCUUAUCGAAGGAACGAAACGGAAAAAACGGACUUUCGAAAAGAUGCCGCCAGUUCCAUGUUUGGAACGUUUGAAGCUAACACGUCGGAAAACAAAUUAAAGCCAAUUUUGCGGAACCAAAGUUGGCUAGAAAGAAAAAAAGGCUUCGAGCAGUAUUAUUCAUGUCUCAAGACUGCAUCGCGCGACCAAGAUGACCUUUGGGAGCAACUAGAUCUAUUUUUAGACGAGAUAUGUCAAUGGACCUAA